UACAUCAUAUUCUCAACAUGGGUUUAUCUACCAGCACAUUUUCAACGCGGAAGGCCAUGUUCAUCGUGAACAUCCUGGCCGUGAUUGGCGGUGCCCUGAUGGAGCUCUCUACCAUCUGCUCCUUUGAGAUGGUCAUCGCCCUCUUCUGCGGCAUCUUCACGGGCCUCACCCCCAUGUUUUUUAUGGCUAUUAGGAUAUCUUUAGGAUCGCCACCAUGGUAGUCAUGGACCACACUGGGCAGCAGAAGCUGCACAACAUGGUGGCCUACUGCCAAAAUGCAGACAAAUGUCGGCGUGCCACCAUCGCUGUGCAUUUCGACGAGGUUUGGGAUGACUAGGACUGCAAUGAGAUGUGUGAUAUCUGCCGCCAAGGCAACGACUACAUCACAGUGGAUAUCACCAAGCAUGACCGCGAGGUGCUUCUGAUCGUGGAGCUGGCCGGCUCGCUGGACGAGAAGGUGACCCCACUGAAGGUGUCCGAAACAUGGCUGGGCAAGGGCCCUGCCAAACGCCGGCAGAUGAUCCGUGUCACAGCUCUGACCCGCUUUGAGGCUUCACGGGCCUCACCCCCAUGUACGUAGGCAAGGUGUCCCCGACUCCUCUCCGCUGGGCAUUUGGAACGCUCCACCAGCUGGGAGUGGUGGUGGGAAUCCUCAUCGCCCAGAAAUCAUGGAUGACAGCAGCAUGGAUGACAGCGGCAUGUAUACCAGCGGUGGUGAAUCCCAGGCUACCACAAUAUUAUUCUCCAGGAGUGAGGGUGACUUUGUGUCGCCCUCUGAGUUUGAGGACGAUGGGCACAGCCCUCUUCCUUCUCCACCUCCACCUCCACCUCCACCUUCACCACCACCCCAGGGCUUGCUCCCCAGACAGCCCAGACUGUGGCUGGAGAAUGACAUGGAUGGCUAUCUUGGUGACGAGGAAGAUAGCGAUGAGGAUGAUAAUUUGUAAUUUUGUAUAUUCUUUAUCUUCUUCGGCCCUUAUUGCUUAGUUGUGCUUUUUAUAUUAUAUACUUUUAAUUACUUUUUCUG